AUGUCAUCAAACAUAUCUUUUGGCGAUGGAAAUUAUGGGAUACAGGUCGGUAUCAACAGCGGUGUAAUCAACGCUCAGUUACAUCUACCUCCAAGUGAGUUAGUGCAGGUGAAUAGUCCUGAGAGAAGCGCUGCUGACAGGGCAGAAACACCCGAGACGCCACCUCUACCUUUCUCCACGGUCCCAUUUAUCCGUGACCCUGACUUCAUCGAUCGACAAGGCCAGAUUGACCAAAUCGAUCGAUUGUGCGCUACCCCUUCGUCGCGAGUGGCGCUGGUCGGCCUUGGUGGGAUCGGAAAAUCACAAUUGGCAAUUGAAUAUUCGUAUCGAGUGCGUGAGAAAUCCCCUAAUGUUUGGGUUUUCUGGAUACACGCAAGCAAUGCCGCCCGAUUUAAACAAAGUUACGAAGACCUCAGCAGACGGGCCAAGAUCCCAGGCUACGAGGACCCAAAUGUCAACGUCUUCGAGCUAGUUCACGACUGGCUCCUGGAUUCAAAAAGGGGCAAAUGGAUCAUGAUCCUCGAUAACAUUGAUGACGAUGACUUCCUUCAUGCGCGACCAUCGCCAGAUCAAAACAUCAAACAUCCUCUGAUCACUUACAUCCCCAGAUAUGAAAAUGGAUCAGUGAUCCUGACCACCCGGAACAAGCAAUCUGCCUGGAAAGUUGUCAAUGACAGCAAUGUGGUUCACAUUGAGCCAGAUGAAUUACAUGCCCGAGCACUGAUACACAAAAAGCUCCGCCUGCAGGAAAGUGAGGAAGAUAUCCGGAGUCUAGCUGAGACUCUCGAAUAUAUGCCUCUGGCUAUUGUUCAGGCUGUCGCGUACAUGGCACACCGAGCUCCUCGACGCACAAUCCAACAGUAUCUCGAACAGUUCCAAAAGAGUGAACGAAGGCGCAUCAAGUUACUUGAGCAUCAAAGUGGAAACCCGCAGCGUGACUGGGAAGCUUCCAACUCUAUACUCAUAACGUGGCAGAUAUCCUUUGACUAUAUUCAGCAAGCUAGAAAAUCUGCAGCUGAUCUUUUGUCUUUGAUGAGUUUCUUCGAUCGCCAAGGGAUUCCUGAAUAUGUGUUGCACGACGACAAGAAGGAUGAAGCCUCGAGUCAAAUAGAAAACAAUUCAUCCGAUGAAGAUGACGGCGAAGACAGUGACUCAGAUGAUGAUGAAAUUUUCGAAAAUGAUCUUGUUUUAUUGCGGAACUAUUCAUUCGUCACAGUUGGCGAAGAGAAAAUAUUUGCGAUGCAUGCAUUGGUUCAAUUGGCUACACGGAACUGGCUUGAUUUCCAUGGUGGAAUUGAGGCACCGAAAGCAAGAUUUGUCCACAAUCUUUGUCGCGACUUUCCCGGUGGUGGUUAUGAGUAUUGGGAGAAGUACCAGGCGCUCUUCCCUCAUGUCAAAGCCGCUGCGUCAAUGUCAAAACGUCCAGCCUCAAAAGAAUCCAUCAUGGAUUGGGCCUUUUUACUAUACAAAAGUGCGUGGUAUGCAUGGAGAAGUGGAGAUCUGGCAGAAAUGAAGCGAAUGGCAGAGAAAUCCAGGAGCGAAACACAGAAGGUGCUGCCAGCGGAACAUGAGCAGAGCCUUGCUUGUGCUUCGCGGGAAGAUGAACACCAAGAGACUCUGACGUCCAUGGCUAAUCUUGCCUUGACUUACGACAAUCUAGGACGACUCCAGGAUGCGGAAGCACUUCACCUGGAAGUCCUUGACACCCGAAAGAAAGUUCUGGGGGAUCGUCAUGAAGAAACACUACAUGGAAUGAAUAAUCUUGGGAAUAACUACUGGCUGCAAGGUCAAUGGAAAAAGGCGGAAAAUAUUCACAUGCAAGUUCUUGAAGUGCGCCGCGACUUCGGGGAGGAAGACCCAGAUAAUCUCACCACAACGAGCAAUCUAGCUCGGUCAUAUGAUAAACAAGAAAGAUUUGAAGAUGCAGAGGUGCUGCACAAGCGCGUUCUGGAAUCUCGGAAAAAACUGUUCAGCGAAGAGCACCCUGAUGUCUUGACGUCAAUGAACAACCUUGGAAUGAAUUUCUUAGACCAAGGGCGCUUCGGAGAAGCCGGGCCACUGUUUAUGAAAGCUGUCGAGGGUCGCAGAAACGUUCUUGGGGAAGACCAUCUUGACACAAUAAACAGCAUGGAACAGCUUGUUGUUGUCUACCGCAAACAAGAGAAUUGGGCUGAUUCCCAAACGCUGUUGAAACAAUUACUCGAAACCCUCAUGAGAGUGUUUGGAGAAGAUCAUCCAAGAACGCUUAAUACUACGAAUAAGCUGGGAUUCUCUUAUUGGGUUCAAGGCCAAUACAGAGAGGCCGAGGAACUGUUUAAGCGUUCUCAUGAGGGUUUCAAAAGAGUUUACGGGGAAGAGGAUCCCAGAACGCUUUCGGCCAUGAGCAAUCUCGCAUCCUCCUACCGACGUCAAUCUCGGUGGCUGGAUGCAGAACCGCUUGAUCGAAAAGUGUUUGAAUGUCGCAGUAGGACUCUGGGUGCCACAGAUGUGGAUACUGUGCUUGCUAUGUUCGAGCUUGCGGUGACCUGCAAGAAUCUUGGCCGGAUGCAAGAGGCGACUCAACUAGCCAUGGAGUGUGUCACCAUUCAAAUUUUGACUCUAAUGACUAAAAUUCCAAAGGCUCGAUCUGCCAUGCCUAGAAGAUUGGGCCACGACUUUGUCGUUGCUAGGCGAUGA